GGCAAUGUUAAUAACAACUGUACCACUACCACCAGUAGUUCCCAGUGGCAGUGGACGAUCAUCGUUUUCCGGGCCCACGCCUUCUCAGAUUCCGAUUCCACCUCGUGCUUCUUUCUCAGCUUCUGCCAUUUUCGGUCCUGCGAGCUUCUGUCAAUAUCGCCUUCCUCUUUUCGGUUCGUCAAGAAAGAAGAGGCUUACUAAGAAGUUCUUCACCGGAAGAUUAGUAUCUAAAAUGACUGAUCACAAAACUGCAAAAGAGAUCACUGCAGAUGCCUCAGGAGAUAUGAUUUUUGAGCCUAUCUUGGAGGAUGGUGUGUUCCGAUUCGAUUGUUCUGAGAGUGCUAGAGCUGAAGCUUUUCCAAGUUUUUCUUUUGUGAAUAGCAGUGUCAGGGACACACCAAUCAAGAGUCACAACUCUCCUUCAUACGUUCCUACUUUUAAGAGCCUUUUGGGGCAACAGACUGUUAAAUUAGAGCUUCCUGCUGGUACCUCCCUCUAUGGAACUGGAGAGGUUAGUGGUCAACUUGAGCGUACAGGAAAAAGGGUUUUUACCUGGAAUACGGAUGCGUGGGGCUAUGGUUCUGGAACAACAUCGUUGUAUCAGUCACAUCCCUGGGUACUAGCUAUUCUUCCAACAGGAGAAGCCCUCGGGAUUCUUGCUGACACAUCACGACGCUGUGAGAUUGAUUUGAGAAAUGAAUCAGUAAUACAGUUUAUUGCUCCAUCCCCCUAUCCUCUUAUUACAUUUGGUCCAUUUGGCUCACCAACUGCUGUUUUGGUAUCUUUGUCACAUGCAAUUGGAACUAUAUUUAUGCCCCCGAAGUGGUCAUUAGGCUAUCACCAAUGCCGCUGGAGUUAUGAGAAUGAGACAAGAGUUCGUGAGAUAGCCAGAAAGUUUCGGGAGAAGGGUAUACCUUGUGAUGUCAUAUGGAUGGACAUAGAUUACAUGGAUGGAUAUCGUUGUUUCACUAUUAAUCAGGAGCGCUUUCCGGAUCCCAAAUCUUUGGUGAAAGAUCUUCACAAUGAUGGUUUCAAAGCAAUUUGGAUGCUUGAUUCGGGAAUCAAGCAGGACAAGGGUUAUUUUGUGUAUGAUAGUGGUUCCAAAGAAGAUGUCUGGGUUCAAAAAUCAGAUGGAACUCCUUUUGUAGGCGAGGUAUGGCCAGGACCUUGUGUUUUCCCAGACUUUACGCAGGCAAAAGUUAGGUCGUGGUGGGCGAAUUUAGUUAAAGAUUUCAUUUCUAAUGGUGUUGACGGUAUUUGGAAUGAUAUGAAUGAACCAGCUGUCUUCAAGGUCGUAACAAAAACAAUGCCUGACAGCAAUAUUCAUAGAGGGGAUGAUGAACUUGGGGGUUGUCAGAAUCAUGCAUAUUAUCACAAUGUGUAUGGCAUGUUAAUGACGAAGUCAACUUAUGAAGGUAUGAAGUUGGCUAAUAAAGACAAGCGUCCUUUUGUUCUCACAAGAGCUGGAUUUAUUGGUAGUCAAAGAUAUGCUGCAACAUGGACGGGAGACAAUCUGUCAACUUGGGAGCACCUCCAUAUGAGUCUUUCAAUGGUUCUUCAGUUGGGUCUUAGUGGUCAGCCUCUAUCUGGGCCUGAUAUUGGUGGCUAUGCUGGCAAUGCAACUCCCAAGCUUUUCGCAAGGUGGAUGGCCAUGGGGGCUUUGUUUCCUUUUGCCCGUUGCCACUCUGAAGCUGCAACCACCGAUCAUGAACCUUGGUCUUUUGGUGAAGAGUGUGAAGAAGUAUGCCGACUUGCACUGAAAAGGCGCUACCGCCUUCUCCCACAUAUGUACACUCUCUUGUAUAUGGCACAUACCAUUGGUACUCUGGUGGUAACUCCGACCUUUUUUGCUGAUACCAAAGAUCUCAGCUUAAGGAAAAAUGAGAAUUCUUUUCUGCUGGGUCCAGUUCUAGUUUAUACAAGUACGGUAUGGGAUCAGGACACUGACUAUUCUCAGUCUGCACUUCCUAAAGGAAUCUGGUUGAGUUUUGAUUUUGAUGAUUCACAUCCAGAUAUACCAGCUUUGUAUUUGCAAGGUGGAGCAAUUAUUCCUUUGGGUCCUCCACAUCAGCAUGUUGGUGAAGCUAGACCAUCAGAUGACUUGUCACUCAUUGUGGCUUUAGAUGAACACGGGAAAGCAAAAGGCGUUCUAUAUGAAGAUGAUGGGGAUGGAUAUGGAUUCACUGAAGGUCAUUUUUUGUUGACGCAUUAUGUUGCUGAGCUUCAAUCCUCAGUUGUUACAGUUGGAGUUUCCAAAACUGAAGGGUCUUGGAAGAGGCCAAAUCGUCGUCUUCAUGUUCAGUUAUUGCUUGGUGGGGGUGCAAUGGUUGAUGCAUGGGGGACAGAUGGAGAGGCUCUUCAAAUAAAAUUGCCAUCAGAGCAGGAAGUUUCUGAGCUGGUUUCUGCCAGUAUGAAGCAAUGCCAAACUCGACUAGAAAAUGCAAAGCGUGUCCCAAAUCUGGAAGAUGCUUCUGAACACAAAGGAACAAAACUAUCGAGGACUCCCAUUGAACUGAAAGGUGGUGAUUGGGUUACAAAAGUAGUUCCUUGGAUUGGAGGCAGAAUAAUAUCCAUGAUGCACAUUCCUUCAGGGACACAGUGGCUUCAUAGCAGGGUUGAGGUUCAUGGUUAUGAAGAAUAUAGUGGUACAGAAUACCGCUCUGCUGGAUGGUCAGAGGAAUAUAAUGUCAUUGAACGAAAUCUUGAGGAUGCAGGAGAGGAGGAAUUGCUUUCUUUAGAAGGUGACAUUGGGGGCGGAUUAGUCAUACAGCGUCAGAUACUUAUUCCAAAGGAUGAUCCUGAAGCGUUGCAAAUCGAUUCUAGCAUUGUGGCACAAAAAGUUGGUGCUGGUUCUGGUGGAUUUUCAAGAUUGGUUUGCCUAAGAGUCCAUCCGAUGUUCACCCUCGUGCACCCUACAGAAUCUUAUGUCUCAUUUACCUCCGUUGAUGGGUCAAAGCAUGAAAUUUGGCCAGAGGCUGAGGAGCAAUUUUAUGAAGGGGAUCUUCGUCCUAACGGUGAAUGGAUGCUCGUCGAUAAAUGUCAAGGUCUGGCACUAGUCAAUCAAUUCGACGUCCAACAGGUGUGCAAGUGCCUGAUCCACUGGGGAACUGGUACAGUAAAUUUAGAGUUGUGGUCCGAGGAGAGGCCCGUUUCAAAAGAUUCACCUCUCAGAAUCUCCCAUCGUUACAGGGUGAUUAAAAUUACCUAGUUAUUGUGUUUUCUGUACUUUCAACAUUUCAUGCGAGAUUCCAAACUGCUAGAUUGUGGCCAAGUUCCUCAGGAAUGUGUAUUGGCGAUUGCGUUUGAAUGGUCUUUGUAGUUGCAAAUGUCGGAAACUCGAAGAUUCUUAGUUAUAUGACUACUUUGAACCCUGGCA